AUGUCGACAAAGGUUGAUGCCAUUCUGGAUACUUACUACAAUCUCCCUGCCGCGCUGUCACCAACUUGCUUCUUUCAACCCACAAACACAAUGCAAACAUCCCAAAUCAUCGCUUUCUUUUCCCAAGCACAAUGCAAAUUUGCGGUCAAAGCCGGCGGACACAUGCUUUGCGUCGGGUCGAACGCAAUCCACGAUGGAACCCAGACGGCCUCCGUUGAAGCAGGUGCGAAGUGGGGAGAAGUGUACACGACGCUGGAAGCCCAGGGGUACUUUGUCCCAGGGGCUGAGGCCUCGGAUGUGGGUGUCGCAGGUCUAACACUCGGUAGUGGAAUUCCCCACUUCGCUGCUCGUUAUGGCUUUGUGUGCGACAAUGUCAAGAGUUUUGAGAUUGUACUCGGCAACGGCACUGUCACCAAUGCCAAUGCUACACAUAGGCCUGAUCUGUUCAACGCCCUCAAAGGCGGAUCUGGAGAUCUCGGCCUCGUCACCUGCUUUGACUUUGUCGCUUUCCCUGGUGGUGAUCUGUGGGGUGGCAGGGUAACUUACAACUACGCUGAUCUCCAGAAGUCAUUCCGGCCAAUGGUUGACUGGGUCGAUCAAGCCGCCUUCGACCUAUAUGAAUCAGUCAUCACAUUCUGGGGUCACAACGCAACCAGCAACCAAACGCUAGCCUCCAACCUAUAUGAGUAUACCAGCAACGCAACCGGAAAACGCUACUAUGAUUCCUUCGAUAAUACGGCUGAACCGAAUGUCUUUUCCGCGCCCUUUGCCAACGUCACCUUUAAUAACAUCGGUAAAACUCUUCCAGAUGGAGCUUCUCUCGGUGAACCCAUCUAUAAGGACCCGCCUUACACUUUCCUGCUGGCGGAAUAUCAGCCCAUCCCCUACAUCGCUACCCAACACAGUAUCAACAAUGGUGGUAACGUUCUCGGUCUCGAUAGAGUCAAGGGCAACGUCAUCGUCCUCAUGCUCGUCGCCCUUGGGAAUGACCCUAUCCAAGACACGAGGGUGCGUGAGCUGAUGGACGCGACUAUGGGCAACGUUACCAAUUACGCACAGAGCGUUGGGGCGUACAGACCUUGGCAAUAUGUGAGUUAUGCAUACGAAGACGAGGAUUCGAUAGGGAGUUAUUGCGAUGACAAUGUCAAGUCCCUGAAGAUUAUCAGUCUCAAGUAUGAUCCCAGACAGACAUUCCAGACGCUCGUUCCCAGCGGAUGGAAGUUGGGAGAUGCGGGGAAGCGAAAGAAACCGUUCAGUUUCGAUCAAUCCGAAAGGAUCAAUCCGUCAAGCACUGAGGCUUGA